AUGCGAUUCCUAGAACUCAGCAUUUUGGCCCAGUUUGCCAUCUCAGUGAGUGGUCUAGCUACCUUCGAGACCACCCGAGGCUUUUCCACAGUAGCAAUUCCUGUGCCUACCCCAGUUUUGGCAAUCCCUGAGCCGGAUGACCCUGGGUUGGCAGACCUUAUGAAAGAACUUAACAAGGGUACCGAUAUCCAUGUCAGCAGGGGCUGUAUUGUGAUCAAUGAUUCAAAGCGCUGCGAGACAUUCGGUGGACCAUACAACGUGAUGUACCAGGGUGGUGAGAGCAACAAGGCUACCAUCUAUGCCAAGUUCAACGGUGACAAAACUCCUGGUCAAGUGAAACCUCUUUGCAAGAUCGAAGCAACAUGGCCUGCCGAAUAUCGUGAUUUGGACUUCAGGGAUAACUGUCUCAUCGAUCGCAGUAGGAAGUAUAGCCAGUGCUGUACCGAUGAGACGACCACUACUAAUCUUGUCAACAACCCAUACGAUCCCACGCUCCUAUAA